AUGUCGACAGAAAAGAUGUCUGUCAAUGGUAAAUAUAUUGUUGAUAAAUGCAGUCGUGUAAGAAUAUUUCGCGGUAUUAAUGGUGUUCUAAAAUACUUUCCAUGGUAUCCUUACCAAGCACCUGAUCCUCCGUUACUUGAUCCAAAUUAUAUGUCAAAUCUUCGUGAUUGGGGUUUUAAUGUUAUUCGUCUUGGAACAAUGUGGGCUGGUGCAGAACCACUGGAAGGACAAUAUAAUGAAACAUAUCUAUCGAAAUUGAAAGAAAUUGUCGAAUUAGCUAACAAUUAUAACAUUUAUUUAUUUCAUGAUAUGCAUCAAGAUCUUUUAACAAGUGCACUUAAAGGAUUGGAUAACCUUAGUGGAUAUGAUGGCAUACCACUUUGGUUAUUUAAAAAAUUUAAACCUUGUGUGGACAAUAAUAUAUUUACUUGUCCAAGUCAAACUGGUUUAAAACCAUGUGUUAAAUAUCCAUGUCCAUUUCCACCCAAUUUUGACGCUGGCGGAAAUUGGUUUCUUAAUUAUUUUACAUCAAUUUGUUCAAGUGGAUUCCAGCAAUUAUAUAAAAACCAGAGUGGGGCAGUUGAUUCAUGGAGUAAAUUUUGGGUUAAAAUAGCUCAAACAUUUGGAUCAUACUCAAAUGUAUUAGGCUACGAAUUAAUUAAUGAACCAUGGUUUGGUGAUUUUUAUAAAGAUCCAUUGUUACUUUUACCUGAUAAGGCUGGUCGUGAAAAUUUAUUACCAGUUUAUAAUAUAUUAAAUCAAGUUAUAAGAACAGUUGAUACUCAAUCAUUAUUAUUCUAUGAACCCGUAACUUAUGGAGUUUUUUUUCAAGGACCUUUUCUUGGAACAGGUUUUGACACGGUUCCUGGUGGUCAUUUAUAUGCUAAUUUAAGUGUAUUAUCUUAUCAUUGGUACUGUUCAACAGCAUCAAUUAUUCCAUCAAAUGUAUUAUCAAUUAUCCCAUCCAAUGUAUUAUCAAUUAUUCCACCAGAGUUAUUAUCAAUUAUCCCACCACAGGUAUUAGCACUUAUCCCAUUAGCUGCAUUACAAAGUAUCAUAUCAGCGAUAUUAUCAAUUAUCCCACAAGAUGUAUUAACUGUAUUAUCAACAGAAGCAUCAUGUAAUACACAAGGUAAUAUGCUAUUUCAAACGGUUGACCAGGAUAUUGAACACACAGGUGGUUCAUCAUUUUUAACAGAAUUUGGAUUUGAUGGACGAACUGAUACUGGUGCACAACAAAAUUAUUUUACUUUGGAUAAAUGUGAUCAAUAUUUUCAAUCAUGGACUGUAUGGGGUAUGAGUUUUCUUAAUGAAUCGAGUCAUAUUCAAUAUGAUAUCCUAUCACAAUUUAAUCGACCUUAUGCUUAUGCUAUUGCUGGUAAACCACUAUUAAUGUUCUAUGAUCGUAAUAAUACACGUUGUUUCACAUUAAAAUAUACAAUUGAUCUAACAAUUACCUGUCCAUCACUAAUUUAUUUACCGUCAGCAAUUUAUCCAAGACCAAAUGGUUAUAGUAUUACAUUAACAUGUGAAUUAGAAUCAAAUGUUAAUACAGAAGAUUCAAAUUUAAUUGAUAUUAAAACAACAAAUUCAACUGAUAAUGGAUGUUGUGCAAUUGUUCAAAUAUGUCCAUCUUAA